UUCUGUUGUGAUCUAUGUGGACAAAGAUUUAGCCAUAAAGGAAAUUUAAACAAACACAUGAGAAUCCACACUGGACAGAAACCUUUCUGUUGUGAUCUAUGUGGACAAAGAUUUAGCCAUAAAGGAAAUUUAAACAAACACAUGAGAAUCCACACUGGACAGAAACCUUUCUGUUGUGAUCUAUGUGGAAAAAGAUUUAGCCAAAAAGGAAAUUUAAUAAAACACAUGAGAAUCCACACUGGACAUAAACCUUUCUGUUGUGAUCUAUGUGGACAACGAUUUAACCAAAAAGAAAAUUUAAAUACGCACAUGAGAAUCCAUACUGGACAGAAACCUUUCUGUUGUGAUCUAUGUGGACAAAGAUUUAGCCAAAAAGGAAGUUUAAACACGCACAUGAGAAUCCACACUGGACAGAAACCUUUCUGUUGUGAUCUAUGUGGACACAGAUUUAGCCAAAAAGAAAAUUUAAACACGCACAUGAGAAUCCACACUGGACAGAAACCUUUCUGUUGUGAUCUAUGUGGACAAAGAUUUAGCCAAAAAGGAAGUUUAAACACACACAUGAGCAUCCACACUGGACAGAAACCUUUCUGUUGUGAUCUAUGUGGACAAAGAUUUAGCCAAAAAGGAAGUUUAAACAUACACAUGAGAAUCCACACUGGACAGAAACCUUUCUGUUGUGAUCUAUGUGGACAAAGAUUUAACCAAAAAGGACGUUUGAACAUACACAUGAGAAUCCACACUGGACAGAAACCUUUCUGUUGUGAUCUAUGUGGACAAAGAUUUAGCCAAAAAGGAACUUUAAACACACACAUGAGAAUCCACACUAGAGAGGAAAAUGGCUCAAAAAGAUUACGGUCGCUGUAAAAUUUGUGAUGUGAAGUGCAAGGGACAAUUUUCACAGUUUUCGUUAGCCUCAGAUAUAUGGCUACAACUCCUUCAUUCAGCACCGUUAACACGCCUGCUAAUGGAUACAAUUUAUGCAUUAAAUUUGUGCCUUUAUUAAGAAAACAAAAACUCCGUAGUUAAGGGUUUUCAUGUUGAAGAAAUGUUUGAAACAUCUGAGAUGUUACAAUACAAACAGCUGGAUGUUGUUUUGAUAUAUUCAAUAAAGUUUAUAUAUUGAGAAAUACAUACAUGUUUUCAUUCAGUUUUGAUGUCUUUAGUGAGAAUCUACGUACAAUGGAAAUUGUUAUAAACCUAAAAAACAUUGAAAGAGAAAGUUGUUCUACAGUCAAUAGAAAUUGCUCCUAUGACACAAUGACUGCACGUCGUUUAUAUGCCAACAUCAGCUUUUUUGUAUAAUAUAGGUGAUGCAGAAAAUUCUUCAAAGGCACCUGUUUGUCGUGCUGUCAGGAAUGUUGCUGUUGUUCUUAAACUGUUACUGUACAGCAGAGGUGUCCAUGGUGUCAACUGCAAACAUUCAGUGAAGUCAGGUUGUCCUCCUUAGCAGAGUGUUGCGUGUCCCUACCUGCCACACAGGACACCAGGGUUUAAUUCUGUGUAAAAAGUGUAAUUGUGGUUUAUGUCAUCAGUCAUACAUAGCUUAGGUUUAGUUCAAGUUUAACUGUGAUUCUAGAUGGGAGCCUCCACCACUCACUAACACACAGACACACAAGAAUAAUGAAAGAAGAAUUUCACAGAACUUCAGGAAUCAGUGAAAGCAGUAAUUUAGUUGGUAUCACAUUUUGAGACUUCAAUCAUUAUCUAUUGAUAUAUUUCUGGGUUUCCAGGCAUCAUUCACUGCAUACAUGGCAGUUACAUUCACUGCUCCUUCACUGAAUGAAGGAGAUUGUUUUAUUUGUUUUAUAUUAUAUUGCACAGUUUAUCAUUUGUGCAACAAGUGUUAACAUUGAUUCUGUAUGCUUUGUUGUUAACCACGCGGUUUGUUUAAAUGUAAUUUUAUGUUUUGUGUUUUUAUUCUCCUUUACUAUAUUCUGGUAUUACAAAUGCUACUCCUGCUUUUUCAUCUGUUUUUGAUGCGUCUGUGUAAAUCUGAACAUAAUGAUAGUAAUUGUUUCUAUUUACU